AUGUCGUGGGCAGGCUUCAAGAAGAAUGUGAAUCGGGCGACAACGCAGGUCAUGAUGAAGACUGGGCAUGUAGAGAAGACAAAUGAUAGGGACUACGAGGUCGAGGAAAGACGCUAUCGCACGAUGGAGGCAGCUGCGAACCGCCUGCAGAAGGAGUCAAAGGGCUACUUGGAUUCUCUGAGAGCCAUGACCGCUUCCCAAAUGCGCAUCGCGGAAACAAUUGACGCUUUCUACGGCGACGCCGGCGCGAAGGAUGGAGUUAGCCGUAGCUACAAGCAGGCAGUGGAGGAUCUCGACGCGGAGACGAUUAAGGCGCUCGAUGGCCCAUACCGAACAACCGUCCUCGAGCCCAUCUCUCGUUUCUGUGCAUACUUCCCGGAUAUCAACGAGUGUAUCAAGAAACGUAACCACAAGCUGCUCGACUACGACGCCAUGCGCGCCAAGGUCAAGAAGCUUGUCGAGAAGCCCGACAAGGAUGUAACGAAGCUGCCGCGCGCUGAGAAGGAGACUGAGAUGGCCAAAGCUGCAUAUGAGCAACUGAAUGAGCAACUCUUCACCGAACUCCCACAACUCAUCGACCUCCGCGUUCCCUACCUCGAUCCCAGCUUCGAAGCCCUGGUCAAGAUCCAAUUGCGAUUCUGUGCUGAAGCCUACUCUCGCAUGGCCCAGGUCCAACAAUAUCUCGAUGCGGAUACUCGCGAGCAAUAUGCACAAGGUCACCUUGACAGCCGAGUUGAGCAGGUGUUGCAGGAGAUUCGUGAGUUGAGCAUCAGCGGCACUGUUUGA